AUGGACGACUCCGCGACCUACGGCUCGCCUGGCAAUGGCGCAUCGCCCAACAGCAAUCCGAUCCUCGCACAACCUCCCCUACAGCCUGAAUCUGGUUCUGGCGAUGGCGAAGAUGUCCAGAUGUCCGAGGGUCUCAUGAGUGAGGCCAACAUCAAGCAGGAUAGCACAACCCCUGCUCCAGUUCGCGGUGACGAAGAGAUGAACGACGCGCCCGAGGACGCCAAGAAUGGCGCCGCCCCAAGCGACGCGGCCGCCGCAACUGAUGGUCAAGAUUCAAAGUCAAAGGAGACGAUCGAGUCCGCUGCUCGCGAGCACCUCAUCGCUCAAACCCACGCUAUCGUCCUACCAAGCUACAGCACCUGGUUUGACAUGAACGCGAUUCACGACAUCGAACGGAAGGCCAUGGCCGAGUUCUUCAACAACCGCAAUCGAAGCAAAACCCCAGCUGUCUACAAGGACUACCGCGAUUUCAUGAUUAACACCUACCGCCUCAAUCCAAUUGAGUACCUCACGGUGACGGCUUGUCGCAGAAACUUGGCUGGCGACGUCUGCGCCAUCAUGCGUGUCCAUGCCUUUCUAGAGCAAUGGGGUUUGAUCAACUACCAGGUUGAUGCCGAUCAACGCCCGUCCCAUGUUGGCCCGCCUUUCACCGGACACUUCAAGAUCAUUUGCGAUACUCCUCGGGGUCUACAGGCAUGGCAGCCUUCGGCUGACCCCGUCGUUCUAGAGGGAAAGAAGAGCCAGGACACUGAUAACAAAGCCACUGCUACCCCCUCUACUAAGGUCGAUCAAAACCUCGGGAUCGGACGCAACAUCUACGAAGCCAAUGUCAAGGGAACCCCCAUCAGUAAGACCGAGGGCAAGGCCAAUGGUGAGACACCGGCCACCAACGGCGUCCCUGGGGCGGAUGAUGCGACCAAGACACCCAUCACCAAAGUCAACUGCCACCAGUGCGGCAACGACUGCACUCGAAUAUACUAUCACAGCAACCACACGGACGCCAACCCCAAGGCUAAGUACGACCUUUGCCCCAACUGCUUCACCGAGGGUCGUCUACCUGCGAACCAUACGAGCAACAUGUACGUCAAGAUGGAGAACCCCACCUACACGUCUAUCCUGGAUCGAGAUGCCCCAUGGACGGAUGCAGAGAUUCUACGCCUCCUGGAAGGGUUGGAGCGAUUCGAUGACGACUGGGGUGAGAUUGCAGAGCACGUUGGAACCCGCACGCGAGAAGAGUGCGUCCUCCAGUUCCUGCAACUGGACAUUGAGGAGAAAUACCUCGACUCGGAGGCACCCAUCAAUGCGCCGACGGGGCUGUCAAUGCUCGGCCCUCAGCAAGGACAACUUCCGUUCAGCCAGGUUGACAACCCCGUCAUGUCUGUGGUUGGAUUCCUCGCCAGCCUUGCAGACCCAGCCAGCACGGCGGCGGCUGCCAACAAGUCAGCCGAUGAGCUUAAGCGGAAGCUCCGCAAGCAACUAGACGGCGAUAAGUCAAGUGAGGAUACAAAGGCCAAUGGCAACAGCAAGGAAAAGGGUGAUUCGAUGGACCUGGACAUCCGACAGGAAGUAACGACGACAACCACCACCACCACUAAGACUACUGCCCUGGCUUCAAUCCCUCUGGCUUCGAUAGGGGCCCGGGCCGCAGGCUUCGCAUCACACGAGGAGCGGGAGAUGACGCGGUUAGUGUCGGCAGCGUCUAACGUGACCCUUCAGAAGCUGGAAAUGAAGCUCAAAUACUUUGACGAGAUGGAGGCGGUCCUGCGGGCGGAGCGUCGAGAACUGGAACGGGCACGGCAACAGCUCUUCCUAGACCGACUGGCGUUCAGACGGCGGGUGCGGGAUGUUCAGGAGGGCCUCAAGGCGGCGGCGAAUGCCGGGGGUGACCUGGGCGCCCGCAUGGCUCACGAGGUCAUGAACGAUGGAGAGCGACUGAGCUUUCAACCGGCAGUCGGGGCGCAAGCCGUGCCUCCGCCAAGCAGCGAUGGUCAGGUGAAGAGUUACGAGGCGUAG